UUCUAUUUGUCAUUUGGUGUAGGGUUUUUCUGUCAAAGAUCUCGCAAAGGCCUAUCACAAUGACGAAUGUAUUAACGCGUUUAACGGUUCAAACAAGUGCAUUUAUUUCGACGCGACAACGCUUGGCAGUUUGCAAAUCGUUAUACAGAAACGUCAGCUAUGGCUAUGGCACAAAAUUACAGCCCAAAAACAAUCGUCGCCUUCUAUCGCUGCUGGGCUACAGCGCUGUCUCAUUGGCGGCACUCGGCGCGUUUAUCACAUUUCGAAGUUCCGUCAACAAAGCGAAUGCAAUGAGGAAGAAAAGCCUGCACCGCGACGAGACCGAGACUGAGAAUAUCAAGCUGACGGCGCGCGAAAGACGCUUUAUCAAAUUCGCCUCUGUGGAGUAUGGCGAUCAGUUGUAUAUGACUCCGCAGGACUUCCUAGAGUCUGUGGUGGAACAGGAGCCUAGACCUCGUCUUAAGCGUCGCAUACUCAGCAACGAAGAGGUGGAGAAGUACAAGGAUCAAACGCCUGCAGUCAAAAAGGGUUCCUCUCGUCUAUUUCGUAAUCUCAGAGAUAAAGGCAUUGUUUCCUACACGGAAUACUUAUUUCUACUAUCCGUAUUGACAAAACCCAAGUCGGGCUUUCGCAUUGCCUUCAACAUGUUCGACACUGAUGGAAAUCAACGCGUGGAUAAGAUUGAGUUUCUCGUCAUUGUUUCGAUUUUGGCUGGUGCUUUGAAGGACAUUCAAGAUGUUGAUCCGAAAACAAAGGAACUUCUGCUCCGUUUAGUACCGUAUGAGGAUCCAAAUACUAAGAAUAAGCCCACUCCGGAAGAACCUCCACGGAAAAAGGGUCUUAUGGAGCGCAUAUUCAGUGGCGCUUGGAAAGAAAAGCACGGUGACCAAUUGAAUGAAGGUGAAGAAAAUUCAAACGAGACUCCCGAUGAGCGUGACUAUGUUAACGAUAGUGAGGGAUUGCAGCGACGUCACCAAGUUGCCACCACGUUGCAACUGCAUUUGUUUGGCAAACGGGGAACCGGCGUCAUCAACUACGAUAACUUCUAUAAGUUCAUGGACAAUUUGCAAACAGAGGUGCUUGAACUCGAAUUCAAUGAGUUCUCCAAGGGUCAGACCCAUAUCUCAGAGCUGGAUUUUGCCAAAAUUCUGCUGCGUUACACGUAUCUGGCCACCGAUGAGUACGAUGUGUUCCUAGAGCGUCUGCUGCAUCGCGUCAAGGACGAGAAGGGAAUAUCAUUCAAUGAUUUUCGCGAUUUUUGCCAUUUUCUAAACAAUUUAGAUGAUUUCACCAUUGCCAUGCGAAUGUACACGUUGGCCGAUCGUGCUAUCUCCAAGGAUGAGUUUGCGCGUGCUGCUAAAAUCUGUACUGGAUACAAUUUGAGUGAGCAUUUGAUUGAUACCGUUUUUGCCAUAUUCGAUGCAGACGGCGAUGGUCUGUUGCAUUAUAAGGAGUUUAUAGCGAUCAUGAAGGAUCGCCUACAUCGGGGCUUCAGAGUAAGUGAGCGUUUCUUUGACUACAAUGAAGCACUGGAUGCGUACGAUGAUCCAGAGUAUCCGAUGUUUCUUGCGUGGCGCCAUCGUGUCUGUCGUCACUUGGAUUUUUACAUUGACAGCGAUGCACUAUGGCAUUAACCAAUCGCUUCGCUUCUGUUGUUGUUAUUAAAUGUGCUUAUAUGUAUGUGUGUCCCUGUAUUGUUUUUGUUAAUUGCCUUUUAGUUAUAAGCCUAAUAUUUGAGUGUUUCACCACAUAAGCUUUACAUUUAUAUUUUUAUCUAUUUAAUUACUUAUCUGUAUUGUUACCAAUUGUUAACCGACUCAAUUGGUUUAUAGCACGCCAUUUAUUUAUAAUAUUCAAAAUAAUAUUUUUAAGUUUUUAAGCGGCCAAAUUAAAC